AUGACGGCGUCGAAAGGAAAAGCGUGGACGCGUCGGAGCGACACCGCCAUUUCCCCGAUCGCCGCUGUAACGUAUUACACCGGCCGGCAAUUAGCGUGCGGCACCGGCGCAAGGCACCGACGCGCGGCGGGUCGGAAAUCGAGUACAAUCACGCGCAUCGCACACCCAACUACUGGCUGGACUUUCUUCGCCGCCGCCGGUCGAAGCGACGCGCGGCAGCGGAAGCGUUUUACUUACCUCCGACAGAUACGCUGUGAAGCUAACAAAGCAUUGGCAACGAUGAUUUUCAGUAAGGCAAUAAACUAUAUCGCUCUCGGUAAAGUUAUA